GAGGGCGCUAACAUCGCGGGAAGUGAGGCAGGAGAAACGGCUAAUGUUUUGAAACGAACGAACAACCUGCCGUUAGCUAGCGCAGGGGCAGGAGGGUUGACGUGCCGACGCUAGCGCGAGACCUGUCAAGUUACAGCUCAGUUCUGAGGAGAGCUGCCUGAACCCAGCCACCACAGUCCUGCCAGCUAGCCUGUCAACCCCCUCUGCGACCAAGUAGCCCCGGGUAUUUCCCCCCCAAUGGUUGUGACUGGAAGCCGUCGUCCCACGGAGGCUUGAACGAAGGCAUAACUUUAGCUGCAGCGACAGGAGCACCGAGUGAGCUCCUCUGCAUCAUCUGACUGAGCGAAAGAGAAACAGACACUGAGAGAGGACCAUGCUCCGAACAUGAUCAGCGCCGAUGGCUCCUCAAAAUGCGAGGCGACUCUGCGAGACAGAAGCCGGCGGAGGCCACCUGCAGAGAUGCUCCAUCUGCUCUCAGCCGUCAUCGUUUGGCUGGUGACCGGCACCACCAUCUCCAGCCUCAACAAAUGGAUCUUUGCCGUCUACAACUUCAGGUACCCCCUGCUGCUGUCGGCGCUGCACAUGCUGACGGCCAUAGUGGUGGACUACGGGCUGAUCAAACUGCGGCUGAUUCGACACAGAGGCGCCGCCGAGCGGGAUCUGACCCCGGGCGCAAAGUGUAAAGUGUUCCUGUUGAGUCUGACUUUCUGUGCCAGCAUCGCCUUCGGAAACAUCGGUCUGACCUAUGUCCAGCUGUCGUUUGCACAAAUGAUCUACACCACCACCCCGCUCUUUACCCUGGCCAUCUCCUCCCUGAUUCUGGGCAAGCAGCACCACAUCCUCAAAUACACGGCCAUGAUGCCCAUCUGCCUGGGAGCGUCCUUCAGCAUCAUGGGCGAAGUGCAGUUCGAUCAGACCGGCUGCUUCUUCGUGUUAGCGGCGACCAUGUUGAGGGGUGUCAAGUCCAUUCAGCAGAGCAUUUUACUUCAGGAGGAGAAGAUCAACUCCGUGUUCCUGCUCUACCUGAUGUCCAUUCCCAGCUUCUGCAUCCUGGCCGUGGCCGCUCUGGCCCUGGAGAACUGGGCCCUGCUGGAGUCGCCGCUGCACUACGACCGCCGCCUGUGGCUCUUCAUCCUGCUCAGCUGCCUGGGCUCCGUCAUGUACAACCUGGCCAGCUGCUGCGUCAUCACGCUCACCUCGGCCGUCACCCUGCACAUCCUGGGCAACCUGAACGUGGUGGGCAACCUGCUGCUGUCCCAGCUGCUGUUCGGCAGCGAGCUGUCCGCGCUCAGCUGCGCCGGAGCCGUGCUCACCCUGUCCGGCAUGCUCCUCUACCAGAACUCGGAGUUCAUCGUCGGCUACAUGGACGCGCGCAAGGCUAAGCCCGGAGGCACCGACGUGGACUUUCACUCUGAGAACGGAGAGGGUUUGGUCACAGAGGAGGGGUUUGAGCCAGCGAACCAUCUGCAGAGAGUGGACGGUAAAGAGAAGGACAAAACGGACUGAGCAAUAAGUAUAAAGUAAAAAAAAUAUACUGGAUUCACUGUAAUUUGUAUGAUUUAAGUGCUUACUGUCACUGAUGGAGUGGUAGAGCAUUUUUUUUCCCCCUCCUUAUUCCAACUCAUACGUGCUCUUGUCACAAAAUCAGAGUUUCUGCAGUUAAAAAAAAAAACUCAUGGAAGCUUUUAAAAUAAUUUCCUCAUCUGUAAAGCACUCCUAUCCAGCCUAUAGCCCUAUAUGCAUGCACGAGCACACUGAACUGUUGGAUACCUCUGAAGUUACUGACUCUGUCUCUCACUCUAACUCCACUGUGAAAAACGUGUUCAGCUCCAGAGGGGCUCCGCUCGGCGUUCUCGGGGACCCUCAGUCUUCUGCGGUGAUAUUCAGAGUUGCGGCGGACUCUGGAAGCCCUUUGCACCUGAAUCAGAGUAAGCUGAGUUAGUAUUUGGAAGCUAUAUUUGAUCGUACUGUUCCCCGACUCCUUACCUGGUUCCAUCGCGGACGGGGACGGAGGUUUUAUGGCAGCUUUUUUCGUUGUUGCGCGAAGCAGGAGUCAGACGCCUCUUUACUGAAGCACAUCAUCAACAAGAGGCCUGUUUAUUAUUAUUUUUUUCUCCACUAUGAACCUUUCUGUGACUCCUCUCUUGAAGGCCUACAUUGUGUUCUCCAGAAGUCUCUGUUGGGUCGAUCCAAUUACUUCUCUCUCUUCCAGCAGCACGUCGUCUUCCUUGAUAAUUAGUGUCACGAGUUCUCUAAGGAGUCUCGCUCAACUUUAGCUUUUUCUUUCCCCCCUGUGGAAAAAGGUAAAGAAAAGGAAGCUUAGCGUUUCUUUUUAGCUCUAAUCUUCUCACUGACACUUUGAGUGUUCCACAACAUUUUUGAUGGAUUUUAUGAGAAAAUAUUGACUUUACUUUAAGAGCCUUAGCAAAGACUGGCUGUAAACGCUGCAGACUUGUGUCGGAGCGCUGCACACAGUUAAUGUUAAUAAGCACUCGUCUCUUUUAAGGCUCUCGUUUUUUUGUGAAAAACACCCAGACUGCAUGCUGCUGCUCCUAAAAGUACCCUGAAUAAUAACCCACCCUCCUUUCAGCAUGUUUGGUAUGCCAAAUAUUUACCUUUUAUGUUGUUUUACAAGUUGUGUCACUGACUCCUCGUUGUUGUUGCUCGGAGUUUGAAAUCUUACAAAAAAGCUCCACGUGCUUAUAUAUAAAAGUUUUCUCAUCACAAUUUCAUCUUGUUUUGCCUAAAAAAAAAAAGACAUUUUAUAUUGCCAGGGUGCCAUUUACAAAUAUAUGUAACACACUAAAAUAAUGAGGGUAAAUAAAUGUAGGAAGGUUGUUUCUUAGAACCAUAUUUUUAAAAUGUAUAGUUUAAAAGUGUCUAAGCUGGGUUUUCGUUUGUUACUUCUUUAUUUAUUUCAAUUAUACAGACGUGUCGAUUCUGUUCAUGUAACGCACACAUUUCCACUGUUUUCGUGUUGAAUACCUCAGCUGUUUUUUAGGACAUGCAGAACUCAAUGCUCAUUCAAUAAUAUUCAAAACUAUCACUUAGGGCUGGGCGAUAAAUCGAUCUAAUCGAUUAAUUUGAACUUACAGUUUAUUAAGAUUUAAUUUUUGGAAAAUCAGGAUUUUAAUUUGCAAAUGCACUCACUGGGCUUCCCUGAAGACAACAGCGUGCAAUGCUGAAUAUAUGUUUUGGUAAAUAUAUUCUCAAAAUAUUGUAAAGAGGAAACUUUCUUUUUUAC